UUGAUUGUUGAUGUUCCCCGUACGCCGGUGGUUUGUUGGCUUUGUGGUCGCCACGCACUCCCGUUUUAGCCACGGCCAUUUGGCCCAUUACAAGACGACGUUUUAUUCGUUUUGGCUCUUUUUUCUUGUUUAUUUUUUUGUCUGUUUGUGUGUCAUAAUCGAGCCAAUGAUUUUCACCAAAAACUGAGUUUCAUGCGGCGCACAACCUCUAGCCCGUAGUCAUUGCCGCUCUGUCAACGCGAUCGGGACAAAGGUUUUCAAGCGCGCUACCGAAGUUUCAAAUACGAGCUUUUCCAUUAGUCGCUGCCUCUAAAAUUCUUCACACGCCUCCAGCAGUGUGUGGUGUUGUGCUGUGUUUAGAAGUGCGACAUCAUCAAAGCACUUUCGUGUCCAAAAUUAGCUGCCACAAUACAUUUAGCAACGCGUUGGCAUGGCUUGAUGGCGAAAGUUAAAUAUUUUUUAUUAAUUUCUCAAGACAAACGGAAUUGUUGUGGCGCUUGCGCGGUGACUGUAGUCGUCUCCCCGUCGCCGUCGGGCACCAUGGAAGCGUCGUUACAGUUAAAUACACAACGCCUUAAAUGUGGCGAGAUUUUUGUUUGGGAUUGUGUCGGCGAGCUCUUCGCCAUCGAAUGUUGGCUCUGCGAAGAACGUCCGCUUUGCGCGUUGACCGAGUUUGCUGAGCAUAUGGAUGUAUGGCAUUCUGAUUGGAUUGCUGAGGCGUACGCUACACUGCUCGAUACGACAACAACGACAACAGCGACAGGCGAAUAUGAAUUAUUACCCAAAUGCGGAGCACCGAACGCGGAGCAUAUUAAUGAGUGCCCAACAACAGAACAAUGGCGAGUGGACGCUUGCAGCGAGAGUGACAAUUUCGAAAAUGUAGACUCUGAAAACGCAACGCAAGUGGAUAUGGAAGUGGAAGUGGAGGCUGCGGCUGCGACUGUGGCUGUACCUGAAAGUGGGUCAGAGCAUGACAACACAAUAGUUUUCGAAGCCACAGCGAAUGCGGAGUUACGGACAGGUGUCUGCACCACCGCUGAACCCUAUACAUUGUGUCUACAGCGCACAGAGGUUAAGCUAUGCGAGACGCGCAACGAAACCGAGUUUGUGGCGCAAGUUCAGAAGAGCGGAACGGCCGAUACAGCGAAUGUGGUUGUGAGAAAGCGGGUUGAAAACUCCAUCGAGCAACGCCUGAAAACCGACAAACUAAUACAAAUCUACGAAAGAUUUCCUGAACUCUGGCAUAAGGAGCAACGAAGCCAGUUUAAAACCGGUACGCAAUCCAAGGCAUAUCACAGCAUUAGCCGUGAACUUAACGAACACGGUAUCAACCUUAAGGCCUCCGUGGUACAGAGACGUCUCAAUGCGCUACGAAAACUAUUUCGACUCGAGAAACUCGAAGAGCUAAAGAGUCAAUUGGAAGGUCGCACGCAUGAGAGUUCAUUUGAAUAUUAUGCCCAGCUGCAAUUUUUGAAGGACCACAUCGAGCCGCAACUGUGUAAAGCUUGCAAUCGAAUAUGCAAAAAUGCAACGGAAUGUUGUGGAGGCGCGGAGGAAGACAAGAAAUUAAAUAAUGAUGACAUAGAGUUGAGAGAAGGCGCGGUUAAAGCAGAAAUUGAGGAUGACCAAUUGUGUCACGUCGAGGAGGAUGUGCACACAGAACAAGUUGAAGUAGCUGAAGAAGAGAAAGAGGAAGACGUGGGUGAACUGGCAGAGCAAGCUACAGAGACGUUGGCAGUGGAAGAAAUACUGACUUCCCAAGAAGCUGAAGAAGUACUCGAAAGUGCGGUUGAAGCUCCUCUCGAAAAUACGCAAACAAAAGAGUCGGUGCUGUGUAGCACCGAAGAAAAGACAACAGGAGAGUGCAGGACCGUUAACCAAGCAGCUAAUGAAGACAUACGUGAAUCAAUUGAUAACUUGGAAGGCGAUCAUAUACAGCAUACAUUGUCGGCGAAACCAAGUACGGCUACACUUUCUCAGACAGCCGAGCCAAUACUACCGACAAGUCCCAGCAGCUACAUACUUGCUGAGAAUGAUGAGUCUGUAACAACUACAAGCUCCUGCGAGCCGGUAGCUCUUGAGAAUAGCGAACCUGUGGAACGAGUGACGAGGCGCGCUCUGAGAAAAAAGAACAAAAUAGAAAUUUUGGAGGUGCUAGAGCUGCCGAACGUUCAGCCGGAGGUGAGCACAAGCUCGAGCCAGCAAGCAGCAGCUGGCGAUAACAAUUCAGAUGAGCUUAUAGCCUCCGAGGAAUAUGACUCGUCAAACGGUGACUCGGGUAUACUACGUGAUUGUGACGACAACAACGCUGCUAAAAUUGAAUCCUUUGCGCGACUCACGACCGAACAAGCGCACAAAUUAAUACAACUCUUCGGCAAAUAUCCGAUGCUAUGGGACCCUGAUCACACCGACUUUAGACUGCGCGAGCGACGACGAAGGGCCUGGCGUGAAAUGACGGUACAAAUAAAUGAGCUGUACGGCAUGCAUUACACAUGGGUGACACUGCAUCGCAAAAUGAAUGACUACAUCAAGUACUACAGACGCGAGCGACGACGCAUCGAGCUGGAGGGCGGCUCUACGCGUUGGUGCUUCUACAACGAUUUCACCUUCCUUGCUGGGGUGUUGGUCGAUCAUAGCAUCAGUGAACCGAAACAGUUGUGGAGCAAACAGCAAAAUAUGAAAAUUAUUGAAGUCUACGCAGCGCAUCCUCAACUGUGGAAUAUUGAACAUCCGGACUUUAAACGUCGACGCCUGCGUCAGAGCUUUUUUCGAGUAAUGAGCGAACGUCUAUGUGCUGAGCAUGGAGUAAAUCUCGAUGCGGCUAAGGUGAAGCAACGCGUGGCCGAGUUGCGCUGUGCUUUUCGCUUGGAGAAAGAGCGUCGCACAGCUGCUGCACAAAAGGGAGAAAUAUAUGAAUCCAGCUACGACUACUACCAACAACUCAGCUUCCUGGAACCGCACAUAGCGCCAUUCACUUGCUCGAAGUGUAACGUGCAGUAUAAGAAACGCAGCGAAAUGGAGCGACACAAGCGACACGAGCACUGCAAUAAAAAUAAACCGAUGAGUUUAACAAGCGCACUACCGACCGUCGAGAGCAAGAAACCCGAUACACUUGACAAUAUCUGUUAUAUUUGCGGCAUGAGUUUCAAACUGAGUCGCAGUCUCGCCUGUCACCUCAAGCGGCACACAAAUCAGCGUAAACACCCCUGCUCCCAGUGUCCGAAACGCUUCUUCGACGGUGCCUCGCUGCGCCUACACGAACGCUCCCACACCAAGAGUCGGCCAUACGUUUGCGACCAAUGCGGCAAGAGCUACGUCAGUGGCGGUAAGCUAAAUCAGCAUAUGAAGCGGCACACCGGCCAGCGUGACUAUCCCUGUGAGAUCUGCGACAAAGCCUUCUACUCGUCCUUUGAAUGUGAACGCCACAUGCGCACACACAUGAAUAUACGUGAGAAAGUGUGCCCCAUUUGUGGUAAAGACUUUGGUGUGGGCUCUAGCUACUAUGCGCAUAUGUUGCUGCAUUCGGACAUCAAGAAGUACCAAUGUGGGAUGUGCUGCAAGCAAUUUGCACAGUUUGCGGGCUUAUACAAGCAUCGACGGCGCUACCAUCCGGCGGAGUUCGCCAGUGAACGGGCAAAGAAGAAUAUCCCGGUUGCUAGCGAUGCGGAGGCAUGUGCUAAUUAAUAUGAACGGAGAGUUUGCCCAAGCUCUAACAGCUCCUUGGAACGUCAUGAAGUAAGGCGUCAUCGAUGGUAGAAGCGUUCAUCUCAAAGCACACUUAAGUAACUAUUUUAGUUGAAAAAGCUUUUCCAUCCCUCAGCUCCCCGCAGGGAGGGUACCAGAGACUGUUCCCUGCGUACUCCUGCAUCUAAAAAUGUAGUUGAAAUCCUUCAAAAAAAAUUCAGUCGCUCAAAACCGCACAUUACCAGUGAGCAAAAUAUUCCUCUAGUUAAAAUUUAGUAUAUAAAACGCACAAAAUAAUCAGAAAUAAGUUCCAGUUAGUCAAUAAUCGAACAAAUUUUAGAAAUAAUUUGCCUGUAGCACAUUUUAAUUAGUAAAUAAAAAUAAUGUGUAAAAUUUUGCACUCUCAUAUGAAGUGCCGCCAAGAGCUUAUUCAUAUGUAA